AGAUUUUAAUUAUUAUUUAUAUAAAUUUUUAGCUAAUUACGCAGGGUCGUAAUUUACAUAAUUUUAAUGUGUAUACCAAACAUGAAGCUACAUUGGUAAUGAUGUAAAUACAUUAUUACACUUAUUUAUUUUAAUUGUGUGUUUUAUUUAUGUUAUUGUUAUUAUAUAAUCCCUUUUAUCAUAAUGUACACCAACGACAAAUCGUUAAAAUCAAAACGUGAAGACCCAGAUCAAAUCGGACGCAAACCAAAGCAAGAAGACUUGGAAGUGACUGGAGUAUCGAGAAGCGGACGUGUUAGAAAAAAAUCGUCAAAAUUAACAGAUUUUGAGUCUCCUGAUGACCUAGAACCAAGGCCUAAAAAAAGCUUUACAAAGCCACACACAUCUAAUUUUGAUUUCCCAUCUGGAGAAGAAAAUCGUGUAAAAGUUGAAUAUGAUAUUCAGGAACAACAUCUUUCAGAUGGUGAUUCAGAAGAAGCUUAUGAUUCAAAUUACGACUCUGAUGUUGAUUUAGAAGAAAAUGAUCUAAAUGAACAUCAAGAUUUUGAAAAUACACCUUCACAAAGUGUUUACUUACAGGAAUUGUCUAGAAAAAAAUCUACCUUAUCGAGAGACAGCAAAAGUCCAGCAAAAGGUAAAGUACAACGUAAAGACAAAGGUAAAUCUCGUUUCACAGCUUAUAUGCUCUGGGCUAAAGGAAUUAGAAAUAAAAUCGUAAAAGAAAAUCCUUCAAUUGAUUUUUCAUCUAUAUCAAAAAAUUAGGUGACUUGGGCAAAUGUGCCUAAUGGAGAGAAGUAUAAUUGGCGUCGAAGGGCUAAACGUAUGGCUAUGAAAGUAGCGAGAGAUGAAGAAAUAAAAACAUCUGAUAAUAAAGCACAAUUUAUAAAUAAAAGCAAAUCUAAUAAGCCCUCCCAAUUCUCCACUUCACCAACAGUUUCUAAGAAACUUGAUAUAGAAGAUUUAGAAGUGAUGCCUAAUUCCCAACAAAAUUCUGAUAAUUUAAUGUUGAGCCCCAAAUCAUCAGCAAUGAGCAGCGGUUUAUCAUCUCAAGGCAUGUAUAAGGUAACAGGAAGUUCCCCAAUUGACAUAGCUGCUUAUCUAAAGUUACUUGGCGAGAGUUUGAGUAUAAUUGGUGAACGAUUAAAAGAACAUGAGGGACAGAUUGCAGUGUCCGGUUCUUUAAGUGUUUUACUUGAUAGUCUUUUGUGUUCUGUAGGUCCUUUAGUUUGCUUAUCGCAACAGGUACCAGAACUUAAUUCUGAUAUGGAUUUUAGUGAUUUGCUUGAUAAUAUUGCUUAUGUUAUGCCCGGCUUGUAA